AUGGACGCGAAUGGGAGAGCCGAAGCUCGUACCGCGGCCAGCGACUACGUUGUGACAGAGUCCCCUCUGGGGACUGCGCGAAAACUCCGUGUGUUGAUGGUUGGUGCUGGAGCCAGUGGCCUGAACCUGGCACGGCACAUGGACUUGCAUAUGGAAAACUUCGAGUUGAGGAUCUAUGAGAAGAACUCAGAUGUUGGAGGGACCUGGUUUGAGAACAGGUAUCCCGGGUGCGCAUGCGACAUCCCUUCUCACAAUUACCAAUUCACAUGGGAGCCCAACCCAGACUGGACUCAGUAUUACUCUGAAUGGGAUGAGAUCCUGGAGUACUUCAGGGGCAUUGCACAGAAAUACGAGCUCUAUAAGUACAUAAAACUCAGCCACAAGUUAACCUCUGCCAGUUGGGAUGAGGCAUCUGGAGUCUGGAACGUGGAGUGUUUAGACUUUAGUACAGGAAGCACGGUUCAUGAUUGGGGCCAUGUCCUAAUCAACGGCACUGGAGUAUUGAACAAUUGGAAGUGGCCCGACGUACCGGGCCUUCAUUCUUUCAAGGGCGAUCUCUUUCACAGUGCAACUUGGGACCCGGAAUACCAAGUUGCUGAGAAGACGGUGGCCGUUCUGGGUACUGGAUCUUCAGGUAUCCAAAUUGUCGCAACGCUGCAACCUCUUGUGAAAUCAUUGGUCACAUUCAUUCGGUCUCCUACAUGGAUCACAGCAGGGUUUGCCCAAAGCCAUGCCGGCCCAGGCGGGGCGAACUUCUCCUUUACGGAAGAGCAAAAGUCCAAUUUCAAAGAAAAACCAGACGCCUAUAUGAGGUAUCGUAAGGAGAUUGAGGGAGAGCUGAACUCUAGGUUCCGUUUUGUCAUUGCAGACAGCGCCGAUCAGAAGGAAGCCAGAGAAUAUUCGAGCAAUGAGAUGAGAGUCAAGCUCAAGAACGAAGACAUCCUCAACUACCUCAUGCCCAAGAAUUUUGCGGUCGGGUGCCGUCGUCCCACGCCUGGAAACGGGUAUCUCGAAGCUCUCACGAAGGACAACGUUCGUGUCGUGACGAAAGAUAUUGAGAAAAUUGUCUCCAAAGGUAUUCAGCUGACAAACGGCGAGAUCAUACCAGUUGACGCUUUGAUCUGCGCCACUGGGUUCGACCUUUCCUUCUGUCCGCGCUUCAAGCUGAUUGGCAGAGACGGCGAAAGCAUCGACGAGAAGUGGAAAGAUGUGCCUGAGGCUUAUCUCUCCGUUGCUGUGCCUGGAUUCCCAAAUUACUUUGUCUUUCUUGGUCCCAAUGCACCUGUGGGUCACGGCUCGGUUCUCCCGAUAAUCGAACAUGCAACAAAAUACAUCAUCAACAUGAUGAAGAAGAUUCAAUCCCAGAACAUCAAGGCUGUGUCCCCUUCUGCGAAAGCGGUGGAUGAUUUCAAUCAGCACAUCACUGAGUUCAUGAAGAGGACGGCAUGGGCCACCCCGUGUCGCAGUUGGUUCAAGAGAGGCACUGUGGAUGGCAGAAUAGUUGCAUUGCACCCAGGAAGCCGCAUUCACUGGUUCCAUAUGAUGAGUCAUGUGCGCUAUGAGGACUGGGAGUACACAUAUCACUCGGAGAACCGGUUUCAGUACCUUGGAAAUGGAUUUUCGACUAAGGAGGGUCCGGGGAAAGAUACGACGUGGUACUUCGAAGCGCCAGAAGAAGGAUACGAAGACUAUUGA